UGUACCAAGAAGCGACAUCCCAUCCCAUUCUAGAGCCGACGGGUAUGGAUCUUAGUGUGAUGCCUAAAUGACAAUGCCUUGGUUGCUCUCAACACCCUUCCCUAACUUUGCACCCCUUCCGACAUCCUUUUCCCACAAUGCCGUCCUUGAAGGUCAUCGCGCUUAUCUCAGGCGGCAAAGACUCCCUCUUCUCAAUCCUCCACUGCCUCGCAAACGGCCAUGAAGUCGUGGCACUCGCGAACCUCCAUCCACCUACUCAUCUCACAGACUCUUCGUCAACAGACGACGACCUCAACAGCUACAUGUACCAGACUGUCGGCCACAGCAUCAUCCCAUUAUACGAGACCGCACUCGACAUUCCUCUCUAUCGUCAAGAAAUUUCCGGCUCCGCUGUGAACACGGAGCGCGACUACUCCAUCCCUAGUCCCUCUGUCGAGGAAGGAGAUGAUGAGACAGAAUCACUCAUCCCCUUACUUAAGAAAGUCCUCGCUACUCGUCCGGACGCAAAUGCCGUGUCGACGGGAGCUAUCCUCAGCACUUACCAACGAACGCGGAUCGAAUCUGUGGCGCUGCGGCUGGGUCUCGUGCCGCUGAGUUAUCUUUGGCAAUAUCCUUUUCUUCCACCGUAUUCGCAGUCCGCGCUGCUGCAUGAUAUGGCGACUGUAGGACAGGAUGCCCGAAUCAUUAAAGUAGCAUCCGGAGGUCUGGAUCAGUCGUUUUUGUGGGAAAAUGUUGCGGAUGAGAAGACGGUUGCUAGACUGAGUAAGGCUGUGGGGAGGUUUGGUGAGAAUGGUGAUGGGGCGGUGUUGGGUGAGGGUGGGGAGUUCGAAACGCUGGCGAUUGAUGGGCCGAGACUGUUGUGGAAGGGGAGGAUUGAGGUUGAAGGGGAUGGUGUGGUGGGAGGUGAUGGUGGGGAGGCGAUAUGGAAGGCAGGUAAAGCAAGAGUGGUAAGGAAGGAGGAGGAAGUGGGUACAGGGCUGAAGGCUUUAAGGAUCCCGGAUAUGUGGGAUGUGGAGUUCAAGAGAGUGCUUGAUGGAAUUGAUGAUAAGCAAUAUGUGGGGAUGCCAGGGACAACGCCAGUGCAAUCAAAUCCACCUACGACAUACACGACCUUCACCCUCCCAACGAACCAAAACUCCUCCAUGUCUUCAACCCUUCUCUUUUCAAACCUCACCAGCCCCUCUGAUCCAUCCAAACCCCUCGACCCAAUCGCCCAAAUAGAAUCCAUCAUCGCCACACUCCGCUCGCAUCUAGCAUCGCACAACCUCGCCUCCUCCUCCAUCGUCCACACAACCCUCCUUCUCAGAUCAAUAUCCCUCUUCCCUCUCCUGAACCCCAUCUACAGCACCCUGUUCCCGAAUCCCAACCCCCCCUCACGCGUAACAGUCGCCUGCGGCCCCACCAUGCCUUCGGGCGUGGCCGUCAUGCUCUCCGCCAUCAUCUCCAAAACAUCUCCUCGGAAAGGCCUACACGUGCAAGGCCGCUCUUACUGGGCUCCCGCGAAUAUCGGACCAUACAGCCAAGCUAUAUCGAUUCCCCUAAACCCUCCCGCAACCCACGUGUCCGAGGAUCAAGAUACUGAUGAAGAAAUCCCCAGUGAGACAGACGCGAAAUGCGAGGUCGUGUAUGUAGCAGGACAAAUACCACUUAUCCCGGCUAGUAUGGAGGCCCUGGAUAGCGGGUUCAAGGAACAGGCUGUACUGGCCUUGCAGCAUCUCUGGCGCGUUGGACGGGCGGUGAAUGUAAGAUGGUGGACGGUGGGUGUGGCGUAUAUUUCUGGUUGUUCUGCUGCGGAAGCGAGGGAGAGAGUGCGGGUUGCGCAGAUGGUGUGGAGGGGGAUUCAUGAACAGACUCUGCAGCAAAAUGAAGAAGAGGAAGGAGAUGGUGAGGGUGCGGACGAGGCGAUCGAUCCCUGGGACGCAAAGAAUCGAACGGGGAUGAUCAAGCAGAAUUUGAGCGAUACGACACUUCGCUCUCGCAUUCCUGACCGGGAAGUUGUGAAGGGAAAGGCAGUGUUGCUGCCACCAGUCUUCGUCGUGCAAGUCGAAGAACUGCCACGGGAUGUCGAUAUCGAGUGGUGGAGCGUUGGACUAUCGAUUCCGUCCACCUGCCAUAUCAAGACCCACACCCAGUCUACCGAGCUACCAGGCUACGUGAUUGAUGUCCGGACUCCAACCUCAACUUCCGAUUCUACGUCAGCGUACUGCACGAUUGCGAAAUUCUAUUGCGUCGAGAUCGACGAUCUCAGCAUGGCUUGGAUUGACUUGUGGAGGGUUGUGAUGGGAGCAUUGGGGGACGAAAAUUUGGGUUGGGAUCAUUGCACGCUUUUCGCAGGUCCCGAGUUGGGAAGGAGGAUGCGGGGAAAUGAUAAUUGCGGUAUCGUGGAUGAGGGGCUGCAGUGGGUGCCUUGCCAGAAGGUUUGGGGGAAGGAGGGGAAGGAUAUUGAGGGAGUGCUUGUGGGACGGGCGGGUGUGCUGGGGAGGCACUUGGACACUUAG